UUUUCCACUGAUCUUUGCAUCAUGGGGCAAGGAAAUUCUUGUAAAUAAGAUGUUUCAGUCUAGAUACAAGAAUCCUUAUCAAGAGACUGUUUUCCUAAGAAUCACUGGAUUCCUACUGCGCAAGCAUGGAAGUGGUCUUGCACUAUCGACCACAUCAGAGAGAUCUAAUAAAACUGCAGAAAUUUGCAGAAGCAGCAAUGAAGGAGUUUCCCAUUCGCCAGUUACCAAGAUUUGCACCCUGGUUUCCAAAUGAUUUAAACAGACUUCCCCUCAAACCAAAAAAGCAGGCACCUGUUAUUUCUUGUGAGGAAGUGGAAGAAUUGAAACAGCUUUCUGCACCUUCAGAAUAUGUUACAGGAUCUCCUGAUUAUGACUGCACAAAAAAUCUCCUUGAAUUUCACUCUAGCAUGAAACAUGGUCCAACUUUAAUUCAAGCACAGGCUGUUCACAGACCAGUUAACUUGGACUGUCAAGGAGAAUCACCACCUAAUGGAAAACAAAGAUUGAAAAGGUCUUGGAGUGUCUCUCUCCCUAGUGCUAAACUCAAAGAAAAGAUUCAACCUUUAUCUCAAGAACUGCAGAAUAAUUUGGAAAGGCUAAAGCUGCAUGCAUUUUGUAGAGCAAAGUGGACAAUUGAACAGUCUGUUUGUAAAAACCAGAAUUUGGAAGACAUAUGGAUAAAAUUGAAUAGACUCAUUAAACAGAAUGAAUUGCCAUCUUGCAAUGCUACUAUUCAAAGAUCUGUGGGACAGAUAUGGAUUUUCUGUGAUAUAUUAUACUGUGAAUAUGUUAGAAAUAUUCUUAGAGAAAAGCUAAGCCUUACAGAUAAAAUGAACUUGCUUGUACAUAAAUAUGGAAUUAUAUUUAGUUUAUAACUUAAGGUAUUGCUUAAUAAUAAAGUUACUGUUGGAAAUACUAGAGUUUUUAAGCAGUUUAGAAUAUAUAGACCUUAGAACAACUGAUAAAUUAAUGGUAAGAAAACUACUUAUGUUACUUUGGUA